AUCAAGCUUUGCCUCCUAGAGGUAAAAAUGUCUGCUCCAGGAACCUACCAGGCGGCCGCUGGGCCUUCCUCGGGGCCAACUGCACCCCCGUCCUAUGAAGAGACAGUGGCUGUUAACAGUUACUACCCCUCGCCUCCAGCUCCCGUGCCCGGGCCAGCCACGGGGCUCAUGACGGGCCCGGAUGGGAAGGGCAUGAAUCCUCCUGCGUACUAUACCCAGCCAGUGCCUGUCCCCAACCCCAAUGCAAUUGCUGUGCAGACAGUCUACGUGCAGCAGCCCAUCUCCUUUUUCGACCGCCCAGUCCAGAUGUGUUGUCCUUCCUGCAACAAGAUGAUUGUGACUCAGCUGUCCUAUAAUGCUGGCGCCCUUACCUGGCUCUCCUGCGGGAGUCUCUGCCUGCUGGGGUGCGUAGCGGGCUGCUGCUUCAUCCCUUUCUGCGUGGACGCCCUGCAGGAUGUGGACCACUACUGUCCCAACUGCAAAGCUCUCCUGGGCACCUACAAGCGUUUGUAGGACUCGGCUGGACCUGGAGGGAGCCAUGUGCUGCAGGAAGGCCUUUCUGCCUCUGAUCCAGCCCUGCCCCUGGUGGCGGCUCCACCUCGGUGGUCUCAUCUCUCCAGGGGCUCCACCUUUGUGUCUUCUUUUGGGGGUAAAUAUCACAGAAGUAACACACCUCCAAACCCCAGAAAUUGCUGCUUGGAGUCGUGCACAGGACAUGCAAAGACAUUCUCCUUGAGUGCUGGUUCAAGGGUUUUCUGCCUACCUGUGACCCCAAGUCAUCCCAUCCAACUGUGAUUCUUGUCCUGUCUGAAUAUCUUCUGGUGAUUUGCCUCUGGCCAGCUCCUUUUCUUGCCUCUGUGGGCCUUUCUCUUGGUGGUCUCAAGCUGAGAAGCCCCAGAUUGCCUUAUUUUUGAGACUGCUCUGACUCCAGUAUGGCUGAACCAACCUUUAGUGCCUACCGUCUGUCCCCACUUCUGAUGACAAAAAUCUUGCCUUAUAGACUAAGGACUUGGCUCUCAGAUUCUGUAACUGCAGGCUUUUAAUUAGCACACAAAUUUCUUGAUUUGUUUUUAAGUACAAGAAGGGGCUAGUCAUACCUACCAGACACAUAGCCAUGAGGUCAUCGAUGCAGGCUAGAAUUAGAAGGCUGGAUUUGACCACUGAUCUGCCUUCUUUGAAUCAGCUCCUCAGCCACUUUCCACGAAGGGCUUCUUUCUUGUAGAGGAAUUAUUUGUAUUAACAAAUUUUUGUGACCUCCUUUUGGUCAUAAACACCUCUGAGUAUAAUUUUGAGAGGUGGGAUUUAAUACCAUUGUCCGUAACCAUGUGACUGGUAUUCAUUUUCCCAUUUGCCAAUGCACUCUCGCUUUUUUUUUUUAAUCCCGUAACAGAAAAAGUAAUGGAUAAUUUUAUCCACUGCCUUUACUUGGGUUUAGUGUGAUUCUUAAAAAACCUCCAUCAUUGAACUCUUAAAGGAGGGCCCCUUUUGAGUUCCCAACGGUGUGUUUGGAAAGACAAAGAAAAGCGUGUUUGAGCCCGUCUGGGUACCAUGGUGCUGCAAAGCUUGGGGACCUGACUGUUUCAAGGGAAUCUGAAGUCUGGAUUUUAUUUUUCAGAAAUACAAUUUGUCGUAUAACAUUGGGAGACAUUUCUAGGACUCAAGCAGCGAGCCAGAGUUCUCGGUUAGCUGCUGUGGCAUCUUCCAAAUCAAGAACAAAGCCUGGCUCAACUUUCAGGAGUCCCCGUUUUGAUAAUAAAUAGGCACAUGUGAAUAAUACGAUGUAGAAAUCAAGCCUAGACCUUGAUCGAAAAUCUGUAUAUUGGUUGAAAGUGAUAGAGUCAUAACCAUUGAUUCAGCUUAUUCAUUUGAUGUUUCGAAAGUUCCAGUAAUUAUUUUUGCAAUGACUAUGGAUACUACGUAGUACUUUGGUGUUACCUGCUUUUCAAAAAUAAAGUCUUUGGUUCACUCUGUGAACUGUUUAUCAAUUCUUAUGGUGUGAAGAAACGUCUCAUGUCCUGUUUCCAGCUGUUGCUACAAAGAACCUUUAUUUGCUCCAUAACAGUAGGAAAAUCCUUCAUGAUUUAAAAAAAAAAA